AUGCGAGAGGAAUUCGCGAUCCGCUGCCGCCGCGCCCAGCGCUUCUACCCCUCGUGUCUGUACUCGCCGUUUCGGCACGGUAUUUUGAAUGGAAAGGUAGCCCUGGUAACUGGUGGCGCAUCAGGAAUCGGCCUCGGCAUCGCGCGGUCUUUGGCAAGCGCCGGGGCGAUCGUCGUCAUUGCUAGCCGAAAACUGGCCACCGACCGCGUCGCGCAGCAGCUGUCCGAGAGCAGCGACGGCACCGUCUACGCCAUCCAGCUGAACGUGCGCUACCCGGACGCGUACGCGGACCUGUUCGACAGGAUCGAGAAAUUAGCCGGCGCCCCAUGCAACCUGUUGGCCAACUGUGCGGCCGGAAACUUUGCCGCCCCCUCCGAGAACAUUGACCACCGUGGAUUUUGGCACACCUUCCAAUCGGGCAUCGUCGGCUCGGCCAUCCUCACCCACAUGCUCAUCCAGCGCAACCGCCCCCUCAACAUCCCCACCACCGUCCUAAACCUAUCCGCCAGCUUCAACAAAACCUCGCCGCCCUUCACCGUGCCCUACGCCAUGUCCAAGGCAGCGCUGGAUAAGAUGACAAAGACGCUGGCCGGCGAACUUGGCCGAGAUGGCCAUCGCAUUAAUGGAAUCGCGGCGGGACCCACCUAUGAAUCGGCAAGACUUUUAUUUUCUUGCAUCUUUUUUGCGGUGACGCCGAUCGGGCGGAUGGUGUACCCGCAUGAGAUCGGAAACAUUGCCACUUUCCUGUGCAGCGAGUACGCUUCUGGAAUCAAUGGAGAGACCUUCAUCGUCGACGGCGGCCAAUCGACCGUCGCCUUCCCGCAAAACUUCUUCCACGACGUUCCCAACGAGCUGUGGCGGACCAUCAAGGACAAGAAGGCCUCCCGAAAGACGUGGACCCGGAUGAAUCGCCAAAUU